AUGGCGUUGAAGCGAAUCAACAAGGAGCUCACAGACCUGGGCCGUGACCCUCCUUCAUCAUGCUCCGCUGGUCCUGUCGGCGAAGAUUUGUUCCACUGGCAAGCGACGAUCAUGGGACCUGGUGACUCGCCAUACUCUGGAGGUGUCUUCUUUCUCGCAAUCCACUUCCCGACAGACUACCCGUUCAAGCCUCCUAAGGUCAACUUCACAACUCGUAUCUACCACCCGAACAUCAACUCUAAUGGCAGCAUCUGCUUGGACAUCCUGAGGGACCAAUGGAGCCCGGCGUUGACCAUCUCUAAAGUGCUCCUGUCAAUCUGCUCCAUGCUUACCGACCCCAACCCCGAUGACCCUCUUGUACCCGAGAUCGCCCACGUUUACAAGACCGACCGGGCAAGAUAUGAAGCUACAGCCCGCGAGUGGACUCGCAAGUAUGCCAUCUAA